UAGUAUAUAUACAAUCCCACCCCCCUUACUUCUCCUCUUAUCUCACGCUUCCCCAUUUCUUCUCAACCUACAUUCUUACAGUUGAGAAACCAACCUCAUUUCAUUAACGACGACACGUACCAUACCGCGACAGCUAGAGUUAAGCCAACAUGAAUUUCACUCCUAGCAAGAACCAAACAACUAUGGUUUCCUACAUGCUAGGACUUGUGUUUUUUGUCACUUUCGCGUUCUCUUUGGCUUCUGCCAAUGUUCAAUACCAUGACUUUGUUGUACAAGCAACACCAGUGAAGAGGCUGUGCAAUACUUUGAACGCUAUUACAGUAAAUGGGCAGUACCCUGGACCGACGUUGGAGGUUUACGAGGGUGACACACUUGUUGUCAAUGUUGUUAACAGAGCUAAAUACAACGUUACCAUUCACUGGCACGGAGUGCGACAGAUGAGGACAGGGUGGGCGGAUGGGCCAGAGUUUGUGACACAAUGCCCUAUCCGGCCCGGAGGAAGCUACACGUACCGGUUCACAAUCAGAGGACAAGAAGGGACUCUAUGGUGGCAUGCUCAUAGCUCAUGGCUAAGGGCUACUGUCUAUGGAGCUAUAAUUAUUCGUCCUAGGGAAGGAACUCCUUACCCUUUCCCUAAGCCUAACCGCGAAACACCAGUUAUUCUUGGUGAGUGGUGGAACCGUGAUCCCGUUUCUGUGAUUAGGCAAGCCACUAGGACCGGAGCUGCCCCGAACGUAUCCGAUGCCUACACCAUCAACGGCCAACCCGGUGAUCUCUACAACUGUUCUAGGAAAGACACUGUUGUCGUCCCCAUCGACAUAGGCGAGACACAUCUCCUACGAGUGAUCAACGCGGCCUUAAACCAAGAGCUCUUCUUCUCAGUCGCGAACCAUCCCUUUACCGUUGUAGGAGCCGAUGCAGGCUACCUCAAGCCUUUCACAACCAAUGUUAUAAUGCUUGGUCCAGGCCAAACUACAGACGUCCUAAUCUCCGGAAACCAAGCACCAGGACGGUACUACAUCGCUGCAAAACCUUACCAAAGCGCUCAAGGAGUUGCCUUUGACAACACCACCGCUACUGCCAUUCUUGAGUACAAGUCACUAGCUUGUCCUCCUAAGGGAGUAGCCAAGCCUAACCCUGUGUUCCCACCCCUCCCGGCCUUCAACAGCACCGCUACUGUCACCGCCUUCACGAACAAGCUCCGUAGUCCAAGGAAGGUUCCAGUUCCCCUUGACAUCGAUGAGAAUCUCUUCUUCACAGUGGGCCUAGGCCUUAACCAAUGCCCACCAGGGUUUAGCAGUAGCCGAUGUCAAGGCCCGAACGGGACUAGGUUUGCUGCUAGCAUGAACAAUGUCUCUUUUGUCCUUCCCUCAAACUGGUCCCUCUUGCAAGCUCACAAGCUUGGCAUCCCAGGGGUGUUCACCACCGACUUCCCGGCCCAACCUCCAUUGAAGUUCGACUACACCGGGAAUGUAAGCCGUGCACUUUGGCAGCCUCAAACAGGCACUAAGCUCUACAAAAUGAAGUAUGGCUCUACAGUACAAAUUGUGAUCCAAGGUACCAACAUAGUCACAGGGGAAAACCACCCUAUGCACAUUCAUGGUUAUGAUUUCUACAUCAUUGCACAAGGAUUUGGCAACUUCAAUGCCAGAACUGAUACCAAAAAGUUCAACCUUGUUGACCCUCCUAUGAGGAACACUGUUGGUGUGCCUGUCAAUGGAUGGGCUGUCAUCCGAUUUGUCGCUGACAAUCCAGGAGUAUGGUUAAUGCAUUGUCAUUUGGAUGUACACAUUACAUGGGGACUAGCAAUGGCUUUCGUAGUCGAAGAUGGAGUCGGAGAGCUGGAGAGUAUAGAGACUCCGCCUGCAGAUCUGCCAAUAUGCUAAUGACGAUCACACAAACACAGUAUAAAUUUGAAAUAACAUUCAAGUAUAAAGAUGGACAGAUUUUUAUUCAUUGUUAUUACUAUUCUUCAUUAUUCGGAAAGUCGUUCAUUACUUCUAUUUUGUUGUAAUUUUUGUUUCAUUGUUGUUGUUUUUUGUAAAAUUAGAUAAGUCAGGAGGGUAAACGAGAAGAAGAACUGCAGUUGUCUACGCUGCAGAAUCCAUGGUAGAAGUUUAGCCUGACAUAUUUUGAUGAUUUAUAUUUUUGAUCAGCUGUACUAUAAUUGAAUUCAGUUACAAAGGAAAUAUUCAAUUUUUGGAAAUA